AGACAAACUUGGCUGUGAGCGGAUGAACUGGUCGGAUCUUUGUUCUUUACAGUCUCACUAUCUAGCCAUUUAUAUUUUCGCGAUUCUUCACUUACAUGCUUCUAACCUAUAUCAAGAUUAAAAUACCAGUUUCCUGAGCUCGCGGCUUCAGCACAGGCUUGUACUUUUUCGUUCUAGCAUAUUUUCCAGUGUUUUAGUUCAUUCUUCUCCCCACCGACGAGGUUUUAUUGGACCAAGAUAGGCGGCGCGGGCACCAAGAUGUCGAACCGGAUGGUGUGCAGAGAAGCGAGCCACGCCGGCAGCUGGUACACGGCCUCAGGAUCCCAGCUUAACGCACAACUUGAGGGCUGGUUAUCUCAAGCACAAUCUACAGCGGGUCCAGCCAGAGCCAUAAUAGCACCGCACGCCGGCUACACUUACUGCGGUGCGUGUGCUGCUCACGCCUACAAGCAGGUGGACCCCUCUGUCACUCGCAGAGUGUUCAUUCUCGGUCCCUCUCACCAUGUGCCGCUAUCUCGCUGUGCCCUCUCCUCGGCCGAGGUCUACAGAACACCACUGUAUGACCUGAGGAUCGACCAGAAGGUUUAUGCUGACCUGUGGAAAACAGGCAUGUUUGAGAGGAUGAGUCUGCAGACAGAUGAAGAUGAACACAGUAUUGAGAUGCACCUGCCUUAUACAGCUAAAGCCAUGGAGAGCCAUAAAGAUGAGUUCAGCAUCGUGCCUGUGCUGGUGGGAGCUCUGAGCGAGUCUAAAGAACAGGAAUAUGGGAAACUUCUUAGCAAAUACCUGGCCGACCCUUCCAAUCUCUUUAUCAUCUCCUCUGACUUCUGCCACUGGGGUCAACGAUUCCGUUACACCUACUACGACGAAAGUCAAGGAGAGAUCUACAGAUCCAUCGAGCACCUUGACAAAACGGGAAUGGGAAUUAUAGAACAGCUGGACCCCAUCUCCUUUAGCAAUUAUUUGAAGAAAUAUCAUAAUACUAUUUGUGGUCGCCAUCCCAUCGGUGUUCUUCUAAAUGCCGUGGCGGAACUGAAAAAGAGCGGCAUAGAUAUGAACUUCUCUUUCUUAAACUAUGCACAGUCGAGCCAGUGCCGAAACUGGUCGGACAGCUCGGUGAGCUACGCUGCUGGAGCUCUUGUCGUUCAUUGAGGUGAAUUCUCCCAGGAGCGGCGGAGCCUCCCAGAAGACCCCAGAAUCCCGGCCCACUUCUCUAUACUCACCUAUAUGCCUUUACCCUCCCACCUGUCCAGUUUCCAAUCAUAUCCUGUCCCAUGUGCUGUUAUUCCCUGCCUCUUCUAUAGAGGGGCAUAAGAAGCUUGCUACAGCUGGGAUCCUCAUUCGUACCUGGGUCCAGGUGUUAGAUUCUAUCCUCCUUUUUCUACCAGCCCCUGUUUUCCACGUGAGGCAUUUUGGAUGAGGCUAUAGAAGUGUAGUCGCAGUUUUGGGUGUUGCAAGGUCAGAUGUGUGGUGGUUUUUGUGUUGUCGGGGGGGCUUAAGGAGGCAUCGGUGUGCCCUUGAUGUAAAAGCAAGACGUUAUUAUUCACUUUGAAUAAAUAAAUAAAUAAAAAGUAUUUGUUUUGCAAGUCUGCUUAUAUAAUCUAUAAAAGAAAUGCUGAAAAGGCCGAAAAAUCUUGCCGAAAAAUAAGUAAUAAGAAAAAAGACUGCAACAUGCCAUGUCCAUAUACACCCUGAGAAGUGUAGUAGUAGCUACUGGAUUUUUUUCUUUCGAAGCUUACUGUUACAGUUUUUAACAAAGGGCUACACAAUACCCACUAACCCCCUCCACUGUACUGGAUAUACCAAAAAUGUUUUUCUUUUUGUUUAGCUAAGCGUUUAUUGUAGUCAAAUUUAAGUCUUUACUCCUAUGUUGUUGUAUUUAUUUAACCAUUAUUAUCCCGUUACUUUUUUAUGCUUGUAUUUGACAUGUAUUCGAAAACUGUGUGGUAGCAUAUUGAAGUGUGUGAAAUCUCCUGCAACAGCAGUACAUGUUUGAUUUGAUGCUAGUUCACGUGGACUCAAUGCCCUCAUUCAGACUGCCUCAAAGGGGAAUGCUAUUCCAUAAAAUCACAAGAAGGAAAUUGUUUAUUCUCACUUUACCUCCUCAUAGAGCGGCUGUGUUUAAUAGCCGAGCACUAGUUAGUGACGCACACCCGUAUCGAGGAACCACCAGAGGUGCAGUUUUGAAUCUCUCUCUCUCCCACGUCUAGCUUUCCUCCCAUCCAACCCAGACCUCCCAAAGAGCACAAUGCAGCCAUAUCUCCUCCGUUACCCCAGAUAGGAAACCAUCCGUACACGACAAGAAGCAAAGCUCCUGUUUAUCUCCAACAAGGUUUGACACAUCUCAAACCAGAUCCUCAAAACAGACAACGCAUGUCACACCAUGCAGAUGUGCCUUGGGUCAGUGUUAAACGUUUUUGUUUUUCGGUCCUGUGCUUUCCACCUCUUGUCCACCCUCCAUCUUCAUACAAGAGCUCGAUUUAGUCCGUUUUUUGCUCCAAUGGAUCGGUUUUCACUGUACAUGUACAAAGUAGGGGAAGAGAUUCAUUAGCUUCACCAGAGAGUCCGGCACAACACCAGUUCUGGAGAAUCGCUCUCAUCCUGUACUGUUAGAGUUGUUUCAAAGUUUUACGUUAGCGCCGUUCAUUAUUAUUCUACUUGAAUUGUUAUUAUUGCAUAGAAAAUAACAGUUCACAUGUUGUCAAACCUAUGUCAGAAUUAAUUGAAGCGCUCCUUAGAGGAGUCAUUUUUGAAUCUCAGGUUACAUUGAAGCAUUACAGAAUUCUCGCCAGAUAUGACAAAAGGGUCAUGGCCGAUGUUGCAAAGGAACAAUAAAGUGUAACAAU